AACUUGCCCAGGCGGCGGCCCAGCGCGGUCCCGGGGAGUGGGUGAGUGAGGCAGCUUGCCGCCGCACCAUGCUGGUUCUGGGCUCGCUGGUGCUGCCAUCUGUCCGAGCCGGGCAGGGGAGAAUGCCAGGAGCUCCGGAGCGACCGCGGCAGUAGCAGCAGCAGCAGCAGGAUGGCGGUGACAGCCCCUGCCGCUGGUGGCGGCGGCUGCGGCAGCAGAAGGGACCGGACUGCCUCGGGCCAGCGCCAGGGGGGCUUCUGCCUGGCGCCGGCGGAGGCUGCGGUGCUCCUGACCGCGGUCUGCUGUCUGUGUUACGGAAACUCUCUGCGGGGCGAGUUCGUGCACGACGACGUGUGGGCAAUUGUGAACAACCCAGAUGUUCGGGCGGCUGCCCCUCUGGGCUGGGGCAUGUUCGCCAACGAUUUCUGGGGCAAGCGCAUGGCCGAAAAUACGAGUCACAAGUCCUACCGCCCUCUCUGCAUCCUCACCUUCAAGAUAAAUGUAUAUUUGGCUGGAAUGAACCCAUUUUAUUUCCAUGCAGUAAAUAUAAUUUUACACUGCUUGGUGACUCUGGUAUUGAUGUACACAUGUGAUAAAGUUGUCUUCAAGGACCAUCAACUUGGUUUUGUUACUGCAUUGAUUUUUGCUGUGCAUCCCAUUCACACAGAGGCGGUGACUGGCAUCGUGGGCAGAGCAGAUGUAUUAGCUUGUUUGCUAUUUCUAUUGGCCUUUCUCUCCUAUAAUAGGAGCAUGGAUCUGCUUUACAUUGGGGAAUGUAUUUCUCCUACAACUUCUCCAUUCUUUCUGCUGCUCAGUUUGUUUCUGGGGACCUGUGCAAUGUUGGUUAAAGAGACGGGAAUCACUGUGUUUGGAGUAUGUCUAGUAUAUGAUCUUUUUUCCCUCCCUCAUAACAGAGGUAAAUGGAGUAAUUACGAAGGGCAACAAUGGAUUUCUCAGCAGCCUGUAAUCUCUCAACUUGCCUUGCUAUCCUCCUCUCAAAAGGAAAAUGCAAAGCCAUAUUCCAAAGGGACAUGGAACUCAUGCUCUUCCCUAUUGCCUACUGAGCAGAAGAAUGUAAGACUCUCUAUGUCCAGACCAGCAGUAUGGACCAUUCUGAGGUACCUGACUACAAACAGCAAGCAGAAUUUCCUAUAUGCUACAAAGCCAUUUUUAAAAAGAGCUACUUUGGUCAUAAGCUAUGUGAUUGUGACUUUAUGUUUUCGUAUGUGGAUAAUGGGAGGAUCCAUGCCAUUGUUCUCGGAGCAAGAUAAUCCGGCUUCUUUUUCACCUUACAUUCUUACAAGGUUCCUUACAUAUUCCUACCUUCUGGCUUUCAACAGUUGGUUACUUCUGGCACCAAUUACUUUAUGCUAUGACUGGCAAGUUGGAAGUAUUCCUCUGAUAGAGACCAUAUGGGAUAUACGAAAUUUAGCCACCCUUCUCCUGGUUGUGGUGAUGCUGUUUCUGAUUCUACAUUGCUUAACGGCAUUUAAGAAUCUGGAGCAGAAUGAAGUUUUAGUUGGUUUGCUUUUCCUGAUUUUCCCAUUCCUCCCAGCCAGCAACCUCUUCUUCAGUGUGGGUUUUGUGGUGGCAGAAAGAAUUCUGUAUAUGCCUAGUAUGGGCUAUUGCAUCCUUUUUGUCCAUGGGUUAAACAAGCUCUAUUCAUGGUUAAAUCGAUGUGGCACUACCACCUUGAUGAUGUCAACAUUGUUGCUACUGCUGCUUUUCUCCUGCAAAACUGUGAAACAGAAUGAAAUUUGGUUGUCAAGAGAAUCUCUCUUCAGAUCUGGAGUUGAAACUUUGCCCCAUAAUGCUAAGGUGCAUUACAAUUAUGCUAAUUUCUUGAAAGAUCAAGGUCGUAAUGAAGAAGCUAUCUACCACUACAAAACUGCCCUCAAGUUGUAUCCCCAUCAUGCAAGUGCCCUGAACAACCUUGGAACAUUGACCAAAGACAGGACAGAAGCAAAGGAAUAUUAUAAAAAGGCUCUACAACUAAAUCCACAGCAUAACCGGGCUCUUUUCAAUCUCGGAAACCUAUUAAAGUCUCAAGGGAAAAAAGACGAAGCUAUCAUCUUUUUAAGAGACUCUAUCAAAUUUGGUCCAGAGUUUGCAGAUGCCUACUCAAGCCUAGCUUCAUUGUUGGCUGAACAGGAAUUAUUUCAGAAAGCUGAGGAAGUUUAUCAGGCCGGAAUUAAGAACUGUCCAGAGAGUUCUGACUUACAUAACAAUUAUGGAGUUUUUUUAGUGGAUACUGGGACUCCAGAAAGUGCAAUAUAUCACUACCAACAAGCCAUUCAACUUAGCCCACAUCAUCAUGUGGCUAUGGUUAACCUUGGUAGACUCUACAGGUCUUUGGGAGAGAACAAAGAAGCUGAAGAAUGGUACAAACGGGCCUUGGAUAUAACACAAACAGCUGAAAUACUGUCCCCUCUGGGAGCACUAUAUUACAAUACUGGCAGGUAUGAAGAAGCAUUACAGAUUUACCGUGAAGCUGCAGCACUCCAGCCUUCAGCUAAGGAAAUCCAGCUGGCUCUGGCUCAGGUUUUGGCCAUGAUGGGGCAGACAGAAGAAGCUGAAAAAAUGACCAACCAUAUUGUGUCGGAAGAGGCUGGAUGCCUGGAAUGUUAUCGUCUGUUGUCAGCAAUCUACAGCAAGCAAGAACAUUAUCCCAAAGCACUAGAAGCUAUAGAUAAAGCUCUCCAGCUAAAGCCAAAGGAUCCUAAAGUCAUUUCUGAGCUUUUCUUCACAAAAGGAAACCAACUAAGGGAACAGAAUUUUCUUGAUAAAGCAUUUGAGAGCUAUCAAGUAGCUGUACAACUGAACCCAGAACAAGCACAGGCCUGGAUGAACAUGGGUGGAAUUGAACAUAUCAAGGGAGACUAUGUUUCUGCAAGAGGCUAUUAUGAGAAAGCCUUACAACUGGUUCCAAAUAGCAAGUUGCUGAAGGAAAAUCUGGCCAAAUUGGAUCGAUUAGAAAAACGAUUACAGGAAGUUUCAAGAAAAAGAUCAGAUACAGUAGCACUUUGACUACUUGGGAUAAUUUGAGCUCCCUGGGAGAGGGGAAAUUAUGGGAGGCUUCAUUUUCACACCAGUGGAGACCAAAUUUGUGUCAAGCUCAGCAUACAGAAAAAUGCUUAUGGGUACAUCCACUGCUAACACAAUGAAUGCAAUGACAUUUAUAUUUUCAUAGAUCAUAAAGAUUGAUCAAGGUCAAAGAGAAAUAAUAAGGAAAUAGCCUCAUUAUAAUCAAUUUUAUGUUUGGGUUAGCUCUAGAGAUCCUUCCAAAUAUUGUUCUAUGAAUUUUGAAAUCCCAAAUCUUUUCUUAAAUUACCAUAGGGUAAUUUACUUAAUCCUGAGGGCCAGUGUGAGAUUAUCUGCAACCUUGGAAAAGAGAGUGGUAAUAAAUAUUUGGAACCUUAGAGCAUAGGUAUAAAAGGAUAAUAUGAGAGAGAGAGAGAGAGAGAGAGAGAGAGAGAGUGAGAAUGACCUUCUCUUAUAUAUAAUUUUUUUCAUCCUCAUAUAAUUUAUAAGGAAAGUCACUAGAAUUAUCCUUGACAAGUGUUACUUGUAUAUUUUAAUAUCAUUAAACAUAUGAUAACUUUUAUAAUACUUCCCCUCUAAUAAUUUAACAGAGGUAUUAAAAUUACAAAUGUUAUUCUCAUUGAGAGGUUAUCAUAUCUAGUUAUCCCCAGGUCUACCUGAUUACAUUCUGUCCAUUUUCUUACCACUCCACUGUGAGUACCUUCUUCCCUUUCUACCUCUUUAGCCUGGACACAGUAAUGAAAUCAACACUACCAUUUUUGGAAAGGGUAUGUCAAAUCAAUUGCCCCAUGUUUCCAUUCACUGUUCUUAUGAUUUUCCAAAUGAAAAAAACCUCAUAUGUGGCCCCUACUUCCAUAUAUAUCAUGUAUAUGUGUAUAUAUAAAUAUGAUAUAUGAUAUAUAUUUAAAAUAUGAUAGAAAUGAUAUAUCUAUUUCACAUAUAGCCACAUUAUAAAGAUAUAUUGUAUGAUAUAGAUAUGUUAUCUAUCAUGUGUAUCAGUAUAAAUUAUCUUUCUCUAUUUGAAUGUAAUCAUGGUCCUUAAGGAUAGAGAUCAUCUUGCUUUCUGUAUUUUUAUCCCCAGAACUUAAUACAAGUGGCUUGCACUUACUAAACACUUAAUAAAAGGUUUUAUAUUCAUAAUUAAUUAAUUCUCCCAAAUAUUGAUAUUUUGAUGGAAAAAGCAGUGUAAUUUCUCAAGACAGUUAACAAUAUAAAUGAAUAGUAGUUUAUUAGCUUAACAUUGGAUAUUCUAAGUCUCAUUAUUUUUGAGGGGAAAAGUAAAGUACUGAGAAAAAAAUUUUUAUAGUCAAGCACAAAAAUAUUUUUUAAAAAUCUUUAGAGAACUCAAUUCAUUUAUUAAUGUUAGUGAAGCCCUAUGCCUAGGACAUGAAGUAAAUUGGACCCAAGGGCCUUGGUUUAUUUAUUUUAGAAAUGUAUUUUUGGUUGUUGAACUUUCUUGAAAAAUACAAAGUAUGUUUUGUUUCAGUGACUAUGAGAGACAGUCUAAAUUGCUGAUUCAAUUCAACACAUCUUUUUUCUAAGUGAAAGUGGAAGUAAAAUGAAACUCACAAUUUGGACUUUUAGUUUUGAGUGUAAUUUAUUUUAAAUUUAUAAUAAAAUAUUUAAUACAUGUAUGUA